AUGAUUGGUUAUCAUAGAAGCCUUAUACGUGUUAUUCUUACAGAAGAAGAUAUCAAUGAACAUAUAGAUUUAACCAUAUCAGAAAUAGAUAAUCAAAUAGACUCAUUUAUGAAAUCAGGAUCAGGAUGGAAUUUGAAGCUUGCUAAUACCAAAUGUACAAUUAAUCCUGAUAAUUCUAAAAUAAUCAAUUCAGUUACAGAUAUGCUAUCUAAUAAUUGUCUUCAAGGUGCAUUAGCUUGUUAUUUUGCUCAUAAAGAUGGACAUACAGAACAUCUUAAACGAAUAUUUACUAAAAAGGACUAUAAGCAAUACUUGAAUAUAGUCAAUUUAGAUGGAAUCUCUAUGUCUACUCCAAUUUGCUCACGUAUAUUCAAUAAGAUUGAGGAGAUGAAUCCCAAUAUCUCAAUCAAUAUUUGGGAAUGGAAAGAAGAGACAGCUACUCCCAAACCAGUAAUAGCUAGCAAGAACUAUAAUAGACAAUAUAUUAUCUAUCUUAUGGCUCUUACAGAUAUUACUAAAUCUAAAGAUGAUAAAUAUGGGCAAAAAAACCACUUUCUUUGGAUUAAAAAUCCUAAUAGAUUGGUUUAUAAAGAUAAUACUAACAAAUAUUGUUUUGGAUUAGGAGAAGCCACCCAAAGAGUCAAAUUACCUAUCAAAGAUAUCAAUGACUUUGAGAAGUUUAAGAACUAUGGACGAAUGAUCAAUGCUCCAU